CCUUACGACCCCGGUGGGACUACGAAGACCUAUAAAAAGGGUCGAGUGAGAGAUGCCUUCAACAGAAAAGAACACAAGAUGAUUAAGGUUAUUUGUAUCGUCGCUUUGUUCGUAUGUGCUUUGGCACAACGUGCUCCAAUUGUUGAUGAAGCUCCUAAACCGUUCGCCUUCGAUUACGCAGCGAAAGUUGGAGGAGAAGGAGAAGUUGCAGGAUCCCUCAGUGCCAACGCGGUAGGAGAUGCUCAGGGUCGAGUAGAAGGAAGUUACUCCUUCGAAAUCGAGGAUGGCCGCAGGAGAGUAGUGUCGUACGUUGCCGAUAAAGACGGAUUCAGAGCCAACGUACAGACCAACGAACAGGGAACCAAACCCGAAAGUCCCGCCGAUGCAGUUUUCACUGCCUUAAAGAGGAAGAAGUAAACGGUAUUCUUACGACACUCGCUUCAUCAACAACGCAAGAACCUAUCGAGUCGGGAUCCAGCCCGUCCCGUUCUAACAUGGACCGUCCCGUUUCAAUUAUUGGUAUAGGCCUACUUCCUGAGUUUGGAUGUGUUUGUAACGCACGUGACACUGUUUUUAAAAAAGCUAUCAAUGUCGCUUUAUCCUGCUUUGUUAACGGGUGGGAGAAGGAUCGCUUUACUCUCCUAACAUCACUCUACUACACUCUUCCUCUCUUGAUUGUAUUUUUAUCGAUACUAUGAGAGAAAUUCCAAGUUUUUUAUUGUUACGUUAUUGUUAUCGAUGACUUCUUGUUACCGUUAGAACUUUCUCUCGUUGUUACGUAUCUGUGAUGUUUUUUGUUGUACAGAAACGAUGAAUAAAGAUGUACUUUUAUGC